ACUCGUGCUAAAACACUGUUACUUAUUACUUUAUAUAAAGAACACGAAGAAAUGUUCAAUAAUCCUAAGAUGUCUGCGAAACAGUGUUGGAAUAAUAUUUCCAAGAAAAUGAAAGAUGCAGGAUAUCAUAUAUCUGGAAUUAAAUGUACUACUAAAUUCCAGUGUUUAAAAAGAACAUAUAAAUCUGUUACUGAUCAUAAUAAAAAAUCAGGAAAUAAUAGGAGGAAAUGGGAAUAUUAUGAGGUUAUGCAUGAGAUAUUUGGAACAAAACCUUGGGUUGAACCAAUAGCAACAGCUGGAAGUAGCGUUAAUACUUCUGCUAAUAUUAAUGAUACUACAAAUAAUACAGAGAACAAUGACGCAAUAAAAUCAGUGCCAAAGAAACGAAAAAUUCAAAACGCAGUAGAAGAUUAUUUAGAAAAAUCUUUAGAAAUGAAAGCAGAAAAAGAGAUAAAUGCUAAAAAAAGACAUGAAGAAAAAAUGACUCGUCUAACAAGUAUUGAAAAUUUAAUAACAGAAAUACUGUUCAUUUGA